UUUGUGCAAGGCUCAUCAUGACUUCCUCUUUUGGCUCCAUUUCCUCCCACUCACCAUAAAAAGCAGGCCAUAGGGCUUCUCCUCCAAACACUGAAACUCAAACAACAGCAGUAAGCUAGGGAAAGAAAAUUGAAAAAACCUAGCCAAGAUGCUUCUUCAAGUCAAGAUUUUCAUCAUCCUCUUCCUGCUCUUUGAUUUGCCAAUUUCAGGCAGAGCUGACAACUUCAAGGAUGGCAUGGAGCUCACCUACUCAAGUGGUCAUGAGGUGAAUAUUAUUGAGAUGAUGAAAGGGAGAAAGCUGCUUCUUGCACUUGAUGCAAUGCUGGAUUAUCAGGAGCCAGGGGCCAAUCCAGGGCAUGAACCACGUAAAGGUGGAGGUAGAGGUCCUUGAAUAUCUAGAUGUGAUCACCUACUUUGCCGCCAAGCUAUGAACUCUUGUGAAAACCUCAAGAGAGAGUGAUGAUGUGAUGUGUUUCUGAUCGUGAGUGAGUGAGUGAGAGAGAGAGAGUUUUUAUAUUUUCGGUGUGAAAACUGUGAAUACCAUGAAUUUCUUUCUGGAAUUAAAUCUUAGAAAUAUAUAUAUAUAUAUAUGUUGGAGAUGUGAAA